CAACCAAGCCUGAUGGAAGCGGCAGUUUAGUUGUGCUGUCUUAUUUUUAUUUAUUGCCUGAUUUCUUUCAUAAUUCGGCUUGGAAACGGUUGCCGAUGUAUAGAAAAGUGUAGUGCUUUAUCCCGAAAGUUAAAAUGAACUGGCAGUUUGCGAUACCACGGGUGAAUGCCGAGUUGCUAAAUUCGGACAAAAAUAACUACUGCGUGGGGCGCGUUCUCGACUCGCGCGAGAUCCCCGACGCGCUAAGAAAUGCUCGUUCAGCGUUGAACGACCCGUUCGGGGUGUUUGACCAUUUCGAUAUGUUCUACUCGGUGAUAGACAAUGCCCAGCAGCUUUCCGGAACGAACCUGGUCCGGGCCUAUGAUUUGCUGUUCAUUGCCGUUGAUCGGCUGGGAACUAUGCUGGCGGAAUUGUUGGGUAGACCGGAUUUGCAACGAGAGGACCGACUGCAGUCACUGAAUGCGGUCAAGAUGUUAAUCUAUCUGAUGGGUGGUAUAGUGAAGGCUAUCGAUGCCCACGUCAAUACAUCGAAGGAAAACGCCGGAUUGCUGAAAAAAGGCGGAGCGACUAAAAAGAAAGAUACCGACCCCCCGGUUGAGGUGCUGGAGUGGGAUAACAAGCGGUACCGGUGCAUUGUGCAGUUGUAUAAUCUGUUCCAGCUACCGCUGGAGAAAUUGUGGGAUCCUCCGGUGUGCGAGGAAAGCUUUGUCGAUCUAAUUUGCGACAUCUGCUACCGCACCCUGGAACAGUCGUACGUGAAAGCUCGUAGCAUGGCCGACAGUGUUUUUCAAAUACUCGGCACAGCAAUCAAACGCUACAACCAUGCGUUGUCAUUCCCAGUGAGAACACUGCAAAUUCUAGAGAGAUGUGAAGCAUCGAUCGCUCCAAUCGCGGCUGGGGUAAUGCUUCUGUACGAGGAAUUUGGAAUCUCUACCGUUUAUCCGGUGCUGAUAAAGGAACUGAUUGAGCGGCUAAGCGUAGAUUCGUCAGAUACACAAACCGCCCGGCACUUCAGUCAGUUUUUAGUUGAGCUAGGAACUCUUGCUCCUAAGUUAAUUAUUCCGCAUUUGUCCACAUUGAGCGACGAAUUGUUGGGACUGGAAUCGUACGUAGUUCGAAACUGCGUUCUGCAAAUAAUGGGAGAGGCUAUUCUUUCUGAGCUCACCUCGGAAGAGUUGAGUGAUGAACUGAAGGAAACAAGAGAUGAAUUUUUGCAAGACUUACUAAAUCACACCAUGGAUGUGUCGGCCCAUGUGCGUUCGAAGGUGCUACAAGUGUGGCACCAUCUUCAACGUAGUAACGCAGUUCCUCUUAGUUGGCAUCAUCAGGUGCUGGAAAGAGCUGUGGAACGGCUGGAAGAUAAGGCGUUGUUGGUGCGGAAGAAUUCCAUUGCCUUGAUCAAAGCAUUCUUGGAACACAAUCCCUUUUCCGCUAAGCUAUCACUCGCAGAGCUCAAAACUCAAUACGAACAUGCAGAUAAAAAGCUGCAAGAGAUUCGAGACAAAAUGGUCGAACAGGACACGGCUUUGAAAAAAAUCGAAGAAGAUUGGGAAGAUAUUACGGUUCAAAUGUAUCCAACCAUCUCCGAAGAGCUAUCGAAGGAUAACGCUUCGGAAGAGCAACCGGAAGGUACGAUGGAUGAUGUUGCCACACUUGUCAAAGAUAUUGUAGCAAUGGUCGAUGGACAGCGCUACAAAGAGUUGAUACAGCUAGCCUGUAAGGUGGAUUACGCCCUCGGCAAUACCGAAAGUCGGAAAACACUGACAAUCGAACAACAGAUUCUCUACUAUAUGACAGUAUUGAAAAGUUACUACAUAAAUAGUCGGAUCGAUAAAAGCUUGAAUGAGGAAUUUCAGAAAGCAGAGAAUGAAGUAAAUUUCCUGAAGGAUUCGAUUCGCUUCUCGGAAAUAAUUUCCGAUGCCGUGCCGAAGCUGCAGGACAUGCUGAUGUCGAAAUCGCAGUCGGAUGUGGUCGAGGCGAUUGAUUUCUUUACGUACGCUUAUCUGUUCGGAAUCAAGGGAACGGAGUGUGGGAUGCAGCAGAUGUUAUAUCUGGUUUGGUCGUCGGAUGCAGACAAACGAAGCAGCGUUGUUAGCGCUUAUAAACGAGUUCUACUGGAGGUCGAUCUGGAAGGUCGAGCAAAGCACGUCAAGGUUGUGCGCAAUCUGUGCCAGUUCAUGAUAAAACUGACCAUAGGCCAUUUCACAGCAAUGGAGGUCCUUGUCCGGGAGUGGGUUGAGUGUGGCGAUAUCGAUGCCCAGAUGAUCCAGGUAAUGUUUGAAAUCUACACGAAAAAGCUGGACUCGGUGACCGAUGCCGAAUCUCGACAAGCAUUGCAACUUUUGAUCAUGGUAUCGGCCGGUAAACCGUCAGUGGUGAUGGUCAAUCAAACAUUACUGGAAAACAUUGGCUUCGAAACGAGAGGUCGUUCCGAUCCUCGCAUUUUUACGGGUACCCUUUCGCUGCUGAUGAAUUCCCUCCCAAAACCGAAGGACAAUGUGAAGUACUACAAACGGUACGAGUCCAACUCGUCCUCGGUGGAGAAGGUGAUCGAGAUUUUCGUGAAGUUAUUUUUCAACAGUAAACUGGACGAUUUCGAUAACGUUGGCACGAAAACGUUCGAUUUCAUUUACAAAAUGGUAAAAACCCCGGAUGUUGUUAGUCAAAAUAUUUUGGUUACUAUCAACGAAAAGUUGCAAGUGCUUUCGGAAAAACUGAAGGGAAUCGAAGAUGUCGAAAGCGCGUCGCAGGUGUCCACAAUUCCUGCUUCCACUCAAGAAGAGCCGAUACGUUUUUCUCAAUCGUCCAACAGCAGCAGCAGCAGCAAACCAGGCACCGUCACGUUGCCCACCUUCAUAUUAGCACGAUACAUCCUCAUUAUCGGAUACGUGGCGAUGCGAGAAAUGAUCUAUCUGGACAUCGACGUCUACGGAAAUCUCAAAUACCGGCAAGAGUUAAAGGACGAGCUGAAAAAUCAGAAAAAGAAAACUGCGGCCCUUAGCAAGAAUACCCCGAAACGAAAGACAAUAAAUCUGAACGUUUCGGCCAGCUCCGCAAUCAAACGGUUGUCCGGGCCGAGUGGAAAAGAACACGAACAACCGGAGGAAGAGGAACUGUUGAGCGGUGCAACGGCCGAAGAUGCCGCCGCUGAAGAGAUUAACGCUAUUUGCGAACACGAAAUGAUAUGCACCACCACGAGUCUCCUGGGUCGGUUCAUUCCUACGGUGAUUGAGAUAUGUCGACAACCGCAUCGACACCCCGACGAACUGCUGCAAAAAUGUGCCGUUCUAACACUGAUUCGGCUGAUGUCCGUAUCGUCUAAAUUUUGCGAGAAUCACAUGUCGUUCCUGAUGAACAUCCUGCAGCACACGAAGAACAAUCAAAUCAAAUGCAACAUUGUUAUCGGCUUAUCGGAUCUAACGUUCCGAUUUCCGAAUGUGAUCGAACCCUGGACCAGUUAUAUGUACGCGACACUUCACGAAAAAAACGUCGAACUACGGCUGACUGCUGUCAAAAUGCUGUCGAAUCUGAUUCUGCACGAAAUGAUUCGUGUCAAGGGACAGAUAUCCGACCUGGCUUUGUGCAUCGUAGAUCCGGCACCAGAAAUCCAAACCAUUACCGAGCAGUUCUUCAAAGAGAUUGCCAACAAAUCGAAUAUUCUGUAUAACGUCCUACCGGACAUCAUCUCCCGCCUGAGUGAUCCAGCGUUGGAGCUGGAAGAGGAAAAGUACCACAUCAUUAUGAAGCACAUCAUUGGCCUAAUCAACAAGGACAAACAGAUCGAAAGUUUGGUGGAAAAGUUGUGCUUACGGUUCCGGGUAACGUCGGAACAGCGCCAGUGGCGCGAUAUUGCCUUCUGUUUGUCGUUGCUGUCGUAUAACGAGAAGACGAUCAAAAAACUGUCGGAAAAUAUCGGUUGCUUCAAGGAUAAGGUGCAGUACGACGAAAUUCACACCUCGUUCAAGACCAUCAUCAGUAACACCAACAAACUGGCAAAGCCGGAACUGAAGGCCGCCGUCACCGAGUUCGAAAACCGCUUGGAGGAAUGUUUGUCCAUUCGGGAAGGGGAUGAAGACACCGGAAGUGGCAUUACCAGUACUCAACCGUCGGCGGGUGGAAGUCGAAGUGCACGAGGUGGGCGACCCGCGCCAAAAUCAGCUGUGAAAAGCAAAGCUGCUGCUGUUGCCAGCAGAGCACGCCGCGGACGUCAGCCAAAACCGUCGUCGUCGGACAGUGAAAGUGAGAGCGAAGAAGAAAAUCUACCCCCAGCGGCCAGUGCCCGGGCCGCUGCACGCUCUCGGCAGAAUAAGAAAAUAACCAAGGUCAUCGAAAGCGACAGUUCAGCACGAAAAGUCGGCAAACUUCGAAACUAAACAUCUCUAUUAAUCACUUCCCAGAAGAAUUUCAAUUACUAAUUUAUUUAUCACAAUUAUAUAAGAACACGAAGCAUGCUAGAGAAUGUAGGAGUAGUGCCGAAGAGUUGUGAUCUUGUCUCGUCAUCCCAAAGCAUCUAAUACACGUUUCUCCUUUUCGUCCUUGUUUCAUUUGUCAUGAAAUCCUUUGAACCUUGACGUUCUAUUCCGUUAAUUGGUUAUUAAGUAUUUGUGCUAUGAGGACUGAGUUGAGUUGCACCAAAUACCCUCGGCAUGGUAUCACACGAUAGUUUGUGAGCUUUAUAUAUAUACGUUAUCAUUGCUCAAGUUUUUAAAGUAAACCCCUCGAUUUAACGACCGACGACGACCCUCGAAAUUUAACAUAAACGGAUCAUCGAUCAAAUGAUCUUUCGACAGCUGUUUGCCUUGUAGUUUCUUGUCAGUUAGAAGUCAUAUGUUACUGGUCAGUUUCAAGAAAGGAGAGGCCAAUAUUUAGAGAAUUAAACGAGUUAGAUUUGUUUCGUCGUUCUAAAACAAUAGCGAUCCCGCCCACAUCAGGCGUUUUUAUGUGUUCUGUGCUUUGAAUAAUGCCAAUGAGGGAGGGAGUCAGUUUACACUUUUAGCGUUGUGAAGAAAUUGAAUCCAGUCAGGCAGUAUUAAGAUCGAUAUUAACUUGAUAUGGCUGCGAUGAAUCUAAAACUAAAGCUUCGUCCUAAGCUGAUUAAGUUUGUUUGAGAAGGAGGCUCACAAUUAUCAAGAAUUAAGGUUAACUGAUGAUCUGUAAACUUCAAACCUAGAUGAAAUAUGUUGCAAAUCGUGUGGGCCAUUUUAUCCAACCGAACACUAAUAGUUUGUAUGCAUGAUAAGAGUAGUUUUCUUCAAGAUUUCAUACUCAUGCUCAAUUUAUUCAUCAUUUAUAUAUUGAAAUCUUCAAUAUGUUUCUGUAAUUAAUGACAAGCUCAUUUUGGUUUCUUGCUUAAAUUGACUUUAAUGCUUCGUGGAAUGAUACAAUAACAAACUAGAUAAACUAGAAAGAUUUUAACUUUCUUAUUUUAAGAAUCACAAAAUAUGCAGCAAAAUCGCUCAAUAUAGUUCUUACUGUAAUUUGAUAUUUUUUUCAAACAUAAACAAACAUUGUCAUAGUUACGACGCACGUAGCGGAUCAGACGCUUGUUGUUUUGUUUCAAAAGACUGACAGUAAACCGAACUCAUCGAGGGGUCCUAUUUAAAUGAUACAUGAGAAAUCGCAGACCACUCUAGCUUGAGUUUAUCUUUGGUACAACUGUCAAAUUAGGUGAAUCAUUUUCACAGCCACCAUAAUAAGGAGUUAUAGCCUACGUCCAUGCCAAUGCAUUGUAUGCACACUCCGAUUAAUAUUUGAUGAGUCGAUGAAUUGUUGGUUUAUACUUUUGAACGUGUGUACAUUUUUCCACGUUCCUUCUAUAUCCACUGAAUAAAUCAACAAAAUAAGACUUUCGCCCUUUUUCGAUUUAUUUACUUAUAUGCUCCUUGUGCGAAUUAUGAAGCUGCGCUCUCGUGAAUUUUUCCUUGGUUGGUUUUUGCGAUUGAGUAGUUUUAUAAUCUAAUUUAUUGUUUCCAAUAGUGAAAUGCCCCAAAAUCAUCUAAAAUUAUGAAAAGGAAAUAGUUUCGCCUUUCUGUCGUAGUAAUUGAAAUAUGAUAAUUUCGCCCUUUAUAGUUCUUUGUAUUACUAAGGUUGCAAUUUUUGUAUAAUAAAGGAAUCGUAGGAUGAGAAACUCGAUUCGUUUAUUUUUGUAAUAAUCGUCCAUUUUCGAAAAAAAGUUUAUUUGUACGGUGGUGCAUGCACGGUAGAAUACACAGACACUCUGCAAUCUCGACGAAUCACUCGAUCCUUCGGAUCAAAAGUGAGUUUUCACAGCGUUAUGAUAUUACUUUUCCAUAUGAGAAAGGCAAAAACUUCAGAUUGCAAGCAUCUUGCCUUUUCCCCACCCCCCGAUCCCAUUCAUCAUCAUCAUCUCAUAAUGAAAGUAAACACCUUGCUAACAUCGUCAUUAGAUUUUUUUUAUUACUUGAAGACUCAAC